ACGGAGGUGAGUGCAAAUCAGAGGAGUACCGCUUCACCCUUCAAGGAGGAAUUCCAAACCGUAAUAAGGAUGACUCACUCCUUAAAUGAUGUUGAAGCUAUACACGCAACACCAGAAUCCAUUUGCAAUCCUACUAAUUACGACAUUGGUUGUGACGAUGUUGUUAACAACCAAAAAAAUGAGAAUGAAACCCCACCUGCGACACAAAAUUCAAAGCCAAAACGAGGAAGACCCUUUAAAACGCCACCUGAAUCGAUUAAAAAUUGGUAUGUUUUACGCAAAGAACGAAAGAUCGCCAAUAGGUUCGAUACGACUUAUAUUCAUAAGGAGACAUGCUUUCGGUGUCGGUCUUUGAAGGAGAUUAAGAAUUACGAGAAAUAUGGAAGUCCUCCUCGACGUCACAAAGUGAAAACACAAGCCAAAGAAGAAAGCAAUGACAAAACCAAAAAUGAAACAGAAGAAAUGGUUGUUGCUCAAAGAAAAGCAAAAGCAGAAGUUAUGAGAACUUUUGUUGAAGAGUUCCUUUCGGAAGCUUAUUACAAUCAACUUCACAUGUUCGAAUCAUAAUCAAUAAAAAUCAACUAUUAUAUAAUGUUCAAAUCGACUG